AUGUCUCUUUUGAUGAAAUCGUCCUGCGCGGCAGCAGAUUCAGUUUCAAUACGCGAAAUCACCUUGGAAAUCAGCGGGGUCAGCAACGAGUUCAGCAGCAGAGCAACAAACUUUUCAUCAAACUCCUGUACAUGGAGACUCUCAAAUCCUUUGAGAAUUGUUCCAAUGGAAACCAGAGAGUGGUGGACUUGCACCACGACGCUCAGUGUAAGCUGGGAAAGGUUGUUGAUACAUUUUUCCAGGUUGGAAAAUAGUGGCUGCAAAACUGAUUCGAAAGUAGCCACCCGUUGCUCAGGUUUUUUGAUCAAGGUGAUCAACAAUCCAAGAGACUCGAACAAGCUUGGUCAACUUGAUGAAUCUGUAGAACAGGUACCAGGAACGGUACUUGACCUUUUCGUUAUCGCUGAACACGCCAAAGUUGGAAACAAAGAUCUUGAGGACUUUGAGCAGAAUUUCUUCCUUAUUGACACCUUCCACUUGGAUAUUGCUGUUUGUGAAGAAUGUAUAGUGCUUCAAAACGAGUUCGAAGAAAAGCAAUUGAAUCAGAGAAUGGCUCACGAGGAAAGUGGUGGAUCCAUCGAUAACCUUGCAGAGCAUCUCAUUGAAGACAAAGUAUGGUCUGGAGUUGUUGAUCAUAGUUUUUGGGAGAUUCAUGACGUUGUUACGCAGGAUCUCGCUGUAAUCAUGACUUCUAAUGCUAAAGUUUCGUUUAAUAUCACAAUGGAAUCAUGGAAAGAAUUCAACUUAUUUCUGACUUCCUGGAACUGUUCAAUGGAUUCGUCUUCUGUUCCAUCGUCGUCUUCGUCAAACCUCUUUCUCAUGAUGAUUUUCUUCAAAAGUGUAGUGAGUAGCUCAUCGCUGGUGAGGUACGAAAAGUCAAUUUGUUCAUUGGUGAUGUUUUUCUUCAGGAACAACAAGAAGUUACCGAUGAAUGGAAAAAUCUCGAGCGCAACGUCGUCUUCUUCGUUAGAACUGGAGUCUAGAACGUUGACAAGUUCAGACCCGAUGUUCUCCACCAGCUUGGCAAACGCGAUGUUGACGUCAAAGUCUGCGUCUUUGGCUUUAGAAUCCAUCUGA